CCCGUGGGCGAAAAACCCACGUCAAAAAAUAAAAUAAAAAGAAGGAAAAAAAACAAAAGGGAAAUGUGUCGUGUUUUGAUUUGACUGGCACUACUGGUGGUACAAGUCUGCUGCUGGCCCUUUUUUUUCUCUGUUUCAAGGUCUCGAUCCGUUAGCGUUAGUUUGCCCAGUUACCCAGUUCGUGUAGAGCUUGCUGGCCCUGUGUGAGACCCACCCUCGAAACAGGACAGGCCAAAACCAAAUAGAAAAUAGAGACGAAAAUAACAAACCAAACCGAGUCGAAUCACACCUGUUUAAUCACGUUGGAAGCUUCUGGACAAAAACACACUGGACGGUAUACGGAUUUAUAAAACAGUUGCAAGGUCGAACAGACGACUGGGCAGAGGACAUUGGUGACGUUUCAUUUUCGCCAGGUAAAAACAAUUUCAGUCAAAAAACAGGUGAGAGAGAAUAUGGAAGGAGUAUUGGAAGAAGAAGCCCGUUCUGUCGGCGUUUGGGCCUGGCUAAGCCUGUCGAGUCUUCUGCUAGGAUUAUUAGCGUUGCUAUGGUUACGCUUCAACUCACAACAACGCAGUCAACUGCUGCAGCUGCCGCCGGGACCGUCCGGUUUGCCUUUGCUCGGCUACUUGCCUUGGAUCGACAGCCGGGCGCCUUACGAGACCUUUGCCGGGCUGAGUCGCCGCUACGGCCGCAUUUACUCGCUCAAACUGGGCGACAUGUUGGCCGUUUUCAUCAGCGAUCCUCAACUCGUCCGCCAGGCUUUUAGCCGGCCCGUUUUCUCCGGCCGGGCUCCGCUCUAUCUCACCCACGGCAUCAUGAAAGGCCACGGAUUGAUUUGCGCCGAAGGCGAGUCGUGGCGGGAGCACCGUCGCUUCGUCAUGAACGUCAUGAAACAACUGGGCAUGGCCGGACGUCAAGGCGCCUCUGUCAUGGAGUCCCGUGUCAUGGCCGGCGUCCUGGAAUUUGUCCACGGACUGGAGUGUCAGAUGACGGACGGUGGCGUCGGUGGCGUCGAUUUGGUGCCGGGAUUGCGUCACUGCAUCGGCAACAUCAUCAACGGCGUCGUUUUCGGGCGGACGUACGCGGCCGACGAUCCGACCUGGAUUUGGCUCCAGCACCUGCUGGACGAAGGCGUCAAACAGGUGGCCGUCGCCGGGCCCAUCAAUUUCCUGCCCGUUCUCAGGUUCUUGCCCAGCUAUCGGAAAAUCAUGUCGUUCAUCCUUGACGGCCAAGCCGAGACUCACCGCCACUACCAGGAGAUAAUCGACCAGCGCCAGCUCAAUCUCUCCGCCAAUCAAGAUUACACCAGCGUCGUCGAGGCCUACCUAAUAGAAAUGGAACGUCGUCAAUCAGCCGGAAUCCCGACCGAAACCUUCACCACUGUCCAGCUGCACCACGUGCUGGCCGACAUGUUUGGUGCGGGGACGGACACGGCAUUGACGACCAUCAAGUGGAUCGUCCUCUACUUGAUCCUCUACCCGGACGUGCAAGAGCGAAUUCACGAGGAAAUCGAGCGAGUCGUCGGACAAUUGGAUCAAGGAAGAAUUCCGUGCUACGCCACAGAUGCCCAGCGGAUGCCGUGGACGGAGGCCACCAUCUGCGAGGUCCAGCGCAUCAAGACCAUCCUCCCGCUGGGAGUCCCGCACGGAACAUUAGAUGAUUGCGAAUUGGCCGGUUACCGGAUCCCUAAAGGGGCCAUGGUCGUGCCCGUCUGGUGGGCCAUGAAUCUCGAUCCGACCUUGUGGCCGGAACCUUUACAGUUCCGUCCGGAGCGUUUCCUCGUUGCCCGCCAAGAAGAGGAGGAGGAAGAAGAAGAAAAAUGGCGAGUCGAGAAACCGGAUCAUUUCUUGCCGUUCCAGAGCGGACGGCGGAUGUGCAUCGGCGACGAUCUCGGACGGACUUUGAUUUUCCUAUUCACCGUGACUCUGCUCCAACAUUUCCGGCUCUCCUUCCCGCCGCAAUUCGCCGAGUAUUCCGCAAAUAAUUUCCCGCCGCCCGACUACGGGUUCACACUCGUACCUCAUCCGUUUCCAGUGGCCCUCCAUCCGCGCUAAGCCCUCCGGAAUUUUAAAAUAAUUCUGUGUGUGUGUCUGUUUGUUAGUGUUGAGAAGGAGGGAAAAUAAACACUGAGACAACCAACGUGAGUGUGUGUGUGCGUGGUCAGUGUGUGUGUGGUUCUCCAUAUUUGCCUUGGUAUCGGGACCAGUUUUUUGAUUUUCUUUGGUCGAAAUUAAAUUCCAAGGUUGUCAGAUUAUGGGCGUCGCCGCGGUAAGUUGCCAAUUUCGAGUUUCCGCGUUUUAUUAUUUUAUUAUUUGAUUGUUUCAUUCGAAAAGAUUUGGGUUAGGUCAGGUAAUAUAGGAGACCAUCAGUGUGGUUCGAUCCUUCUUCCCGGCCAGGUAAACAAUUUGAUCCCAUCCCAGUUGAUGUAAUUUAAUCAAAUAGAAAUUGUUCAAAUAUAAUAGAAAUUUGGUUUUGGUUUUGGUUUUUGGUUUUUUUUCGAUUGGGAUGAAUUUUGAUUUUUGAUUUGGUUUUUCUAGCGUUUCUAUUCGGACGAGGUCGGUUGUUCAACUUGUGCGAUGAUUUGUUUGUGGAAAGUGUAUACAGUGAUCGAAUUAC